AUCGGAAUAUUUUUAUUAAUUCAUUCGCAAUCUAAAUUGCAGGACUCAUUCGAUCAAGGAAGGUACUCUUUAAUCGUCCAUGCUUGAUGAGUAGAUAUGGCUGUUUAUUAAGUUAUUUGCAAAAAAGAAACAAAUUUUAAAGGCGAAGUGAUUUCUAUUGAAAGUGAUUCAAAUAUGACGGAAACAGGCACAGGAAAUAUCAGAAAAGACCUUUUAGAUGAAAUAGUGAAUAGAAAGCGAAUGGGAGACAAGAAGUUUCAUUCCGAAACUUCUUUACAACAUUAUGAUGAACCAGAUGAUGAACCUGAUUACGACAUGGAAGCGGAAGCUGAUAGGGAUCCAGGGGUUGUAAAUUCAUCAGUGAAUGGAUCUCCGGGGGAAGAGGUAACCGUGUCCGCCCGGCGGCGGCGCACCAUGUCGCAGCCGGGACCGGGCGCCGGCAACUUCCUGACGGCAAGCGCCGCCCGCGCCGCGCGCCGACGACCGCAGCGCAGCGUCAACUACGCUGCAGAUGUCGAGAGGAAUGAAUCUAUUGAGAAACCAUGGAAAGUUUCAAAUCCGGGAAGGAGUGAUGAUUCCGGCAGCAAUACGCCAGUUGGCGACCGAAACAAUACACUACCAUAUAACGGCACAUACAAAAGCAAUGGCGACGUCAAAUCACUAAAUAGCUACCGCCUUUACGCGCCCGCGAACGACAUGCGUGGCGCCGUGACGCCGCGCAAGCGCUCCGUGGUCACCAUGGACGCGCAGUCCAUACGCUCCGUGGAGACGCACGCGCCGGCGCCGACCCGCCCCGAAGAUAACCGAAGACUUACGAAUGAAUACAUGAAUAUAAUUUUAAGCUCAAUUUACGCCAUAUUAUUAGUGACUUUUGGGAUAAUUGUAUACUUAUCAGAGCCAUUCGUCGAUUUUGUAGAGAACACUUCCACGUAUUAUACAUUGGCGCUGACCUCUGUAGGAUUUAUUUACCACUUAUAUUUAAUUAUUGACAUAAGCCGAUACAAGAAAAUGGCCUUGCAAAAUCUAAGAACUAAAGGUCUGCAUGAGCAGAAAAUUGUGGAGUAUUUUAGAAAACAAGAGGAAGAAUUCGGCCCGAGCUCUCCAGGUACGCCCGGUUCCGAAGCGUUUAGGCCGCCGCCGCCGCCACUCAUUCCCUUGAAACACGCUUAUUGCUUCAGCCAAGGACGACAUUCUGGCAGUUUCUAUCUCAAACUUGGCGCUGCUGGUUUCGCUAUGGGGCACUUAGUCCACUCUGUGCUGCUGAUCGUCAACCAAGUGGCUUACAUAAACGACGAGAACGUGAACACUGACAAGUGUGUCAACUACUCGCAGAUCGCGCAGGACGUCUUCAGCCCCGUAUACUGCUUCCUGCAGCUUUACUUCGUCUUCAAAUACUCAAACGUCAUCAUUUUAAGAAAUAAGGGAUUGGCUAGUUACGCUUUCAUGCACAUCAUUGGCAGUAGUAUUUGCUUCUGGAUUAACACGAUCGUCCGGGAGACGAUGGUCGCGCUCACUAUCUACGCCUACUCCCAGUAUGGACCGAGAGGGCCUUAUGAAAACGCUACUUAUACCCCAGCUUCGAGUGAGCAAAGCAGAUUUUUUGACGUCAGUGGCCUUUACAACGAAGAGUGCUUAGGAUCGACGGCUAUCAUGGGGGUCAUUGAGAGCUUCUCUCCGUACCUUUACCCGUUCAGUGUGGAGUUCAACAUCCUAAUAGUUGCUAUAUACUACAUAAUUUGGAGCAGCAUCGGUAAAUGCGAGAACGAGGAUACCGCGGACGGCACAUCCAGCUUGGGUGAGAACAACAAUUUCUGCCAAAUCCCAACAGCCAACGAAGAGAACGACUUCACGAGUAACAUCGUGAUCCACGCCGACUGCCACGCGUCCAACCGCGGCAUGUUCAUGGGGCUGGUGCUGAUGGUGUUCGUGGUGGGCAUGCUCAUCAUCGGCUUCGUCUUCAGCAGCGGCGGCGAGGGACUUUUGGAGAUCGGAUACUUGAUGAACGAUUCCUCAAAGCUGGGUCUUCACGCGGCUAUAUUCAUUGCAGCGAUAUUCGCCUACUUCCAAACGAGGAAGUUGGAUAUCAACGAACAUCCCAUUUCGCUCCUCGACGACAUAUUACUCUUUAUCUGCAUACCCGCCUUCUUUUUGGAGACAGUUCUGUCUUUGGUGGCUACGAUCACCUUGUUGAAUGUAGUGAAAACUGUAGAUUUGAUACUUAUGAUGAUCCAAGUGGUCCUCCAAACGGCGCUCCUAGUGGACGGUUUGCGUCGCUGCAGCAACAGCCGCAAGCUGCGUCGCACCAAACCCGGCCGGGAGCUGCUCAUGUUCCUCAUCAUAGCCAACGUGGGCAUGUGGCUGCUCAACACGUUCUCGUACAAGAGCCCGGAGAGCCUGGACGAGCGGUACGCGUACUACGGGAAGGUCACGUGGACCAUACUCGGCCACAUCAGUCUGCCGCUCAUCAUGUUCUACCGGUUCCAUUCCAGCGUCUGCUUUGUGGAUAUGUGGGACUCUGCUUACAAACCUGGGGCGGAACAUUAGAACACUUUUUUUUGCUAU